AUGGAACCCAAUGGGGUCAUCGAAAGUAAUUGGACAGAGAUGGUGGAGCAAUUCGAUCAGAUGAAUUUACGAGAUCCACUUUUACGUGGUAUUUAUGGUUAUGGGUUUGAACAACCGUCUGCUAUUCAGCAACGUGCCAUUAAACCAUGCAUAUCAGGCCGAGAUAUUAUUGCACAAGCACAAUCUGGUACUGGAAAAACAGCUACAUUUGCCAUCUCUAUUCUUCAACGAAUAGAUCUUGAUUUGAAAGAAUGUCAAGCGCUUAUUUUGGCUCCAACAAGAGAGUUAGCUCAACAGACGCAAAAGGUUGUAUUAGCACUAGGUGAUUAUAUGAAUGUCACGUGUCACGUUUGUGUUGGUGGUACAGAUGUUAAUGAUGGCAUUAAACGUCUUGAACAAGGCGUUCAAAUUGUUGUUGGAACGCCUGGACGUGUCUUCGAUAUGAUAAAUCGUCGAGCACUUCGUAUUAAACACAUCAAAAUGUUGGUAUUAGACGAAGCUGAUGAAAUGUUGUCACAGGGUUUUAAAGAACAAAUUUAUGAUAUUUUUACAACGAUGCCUGAAAGUAUUCAGGUCGUUCUCUUAUCUGCCACGAUGCCUAGAGAGAUAUUAGAUGUAACAACAAAAUUUAUGAAUGAUCCAAUCAAAAUUCUUGUGAAAAAAGAAGAAGUCACACUCGAAGGUAUUCAACAAUUUUAUGUAAAUGUUGAACGUGAAGACUGUAAAUUCGAUACAUUGUGUGAUCUUUAUGAAAGAUUUACAAUUGUACAAGCAGUCAUAUUUUGUAAUACUCGACGAAAAGUUAAUUGGUUAACACAACAAAUGCGUAGUCGCGAUUUCACUGUGUCACAAAUACACGGUGAUAUGGAAUCAAAGGAACGAGAGCUUCUCAUGAAACAAUUUCGAAGCGGUUCUAGUCGUGUUUUAAUAGCAACAGAUUUACUAGCACGUGGUAUUGAUGUUCACCAAGUUUCAUUGGUUAUCAAUUAUGAUUUGCCAAGUGACCGUGAAAAAUACAUCCAUCGUAUUGGCCGUAGUGGACGUUUUGGACGAAAAGGUGUUGCAGUUAAUUUUAUUACUAAUGAAGAUCGUAGUACACUUCGUGACAUCGAACAAUUUUACAAUACACAAGUUGAAGAAAUGCCGAUGGAUAUUCAGAUUUAA